AUGACUGCAGCCAGGACUGGGAAAAGGAGAGGGCAGAUGGCAUGUAUUAUAGAAUUGAGGGCACUUCAACUUCCUUCUACUAUAAGACUGAUAGGAGCAGGGGCGGACUGACAACUCAUGGGGCCCCCGGGCAAUAGGGGAUCAUGGGGCCCCUGUGUCCUUGCCCAAACUCAAAAAAACCUAUGAAAAAGGUACCAGGGGGAUUUCAUGGGGCCCCCUACCGACCCUGGGCCCUCGGGCAGUGCCCGAGUUUCCAAAUGGUCAGUCCGCCCCUGGAUAGGAGUAGUGGCAGUGGUAUCACUACUUCUGCCAGCCCUGCACUG